AUGACUUUAAAACGCUCUUUUACUGCCGCCGACACCGAACAAGAACGCCCUACGAAACGUCAAGCGUCUACAAAGAACUUCCUGCUCGCUGCCAGCCCCUGGCUACCAGAACCAGUCCAAAAAAAGCCCCUGAUCACUGACGCCGCCACUCCCGCCGAUUCAUCCUCUAAGACACUCGCAGAGCUACGAACAAUCUCAAAGAACACCGCACUACAGACCUGGAAGCGUCUGGUUAACGGAUACACAGACAAGAGCAACAGCGGCUAUAAACCAGCUAUUCGAGAGGAGAAUAGUUAUCUUCUAGCCUAG